AUGACCUCCGAAGACAUGGCCCAUGCUGCCAUCAACAAUGUUGCCAAUACCAAUUGUGACGCUGGGAUGGAAAGGUCACAUUCUUUAUCUGGGUCUUCGACUUUUAAGGACAAGAAAAUGAAAGAGUUGAGUGAUGUCGAACAUCAGAUCGCCACUGCCGGCGAGGCGAAAUAUAAGCGCCUCGGAUGGAAGCAGUUGACUCUCAUGCUCAUUGUCGAGGCCAUUGCACUCGGAGCACUAUCUAUUCCUCAAGCAUUUGCAACUUUGGGAAUGGUCGCUGGUGUCAUCUGUUGCGUGGGCAUUGGCCUCAUUGCGAUCUACACCUCCUGGAUCAUCGGCCAGGUCAAACUCGCCUAUCCUGCAGUGCAGCACUAUGGAGAUGUCGGUACCUUGUUGAUGGGCCGAUUCGGGUACGAGCUUUUUUCGUCCGUCUUUGUGAUCCAAUUACUGUUUGUGAUCGGCUCUCAUUGCUUGACUGGAACUAUUGCACUCGCCGAUAUCACCAAGAGUGAUAUCUGCUCUUUAGUAUUCGGUGUUGUGACAGCUAUUGUUCUCUUCUUGCUUGCGCUGCCCUCAUCAUUUGCCGACAUCACGAUCCUUGGUUACAUUGACUUCGCCUCUAUCAUCGCUGCUAUCGGCAUCACAAUCAUUGCCACGGGUAUCCAGGGCACCAACUCACCUGGUGGCCUGAGCUCCGUAGCUUGGACUGCUCUGCCCAAAGAGAACGUGACCUUCUCCGAGGCCUACGUCGCCAUCGGAGACCUCGUGUUUGCUUAUUCCUUUGCUACGUGCCAAUUCUCAUUUAUGGAGGAAAUGCACACACCCAAGGACUUUACCAAGUCGAUCUGGGCACUGGGUCUGAUUGAGAUCUUGAUUUACACCAUCACUGGGGCCACCAUCUAUGCUUUUGUUGGCCCAGGGGUCCAGUCCCCUGCCCUGUUGUCUGCCGGAGACACUAUCAGUCGAAUCGCCUUUGGUGUGGCCCUGCCUGUGAUCUUUAUCUCUGGCUCCAUUAACGCUAUUGUAACUGGCCGGUUACUGCACAGUCGAGUCUUCAAAGACAGUGUGAUUCGCUAUGUCAAUACGCCCAAGGGCCGGAUAACCUGGAUCGCUUUUAUUGCAGCCAUCACUAUUCUCGCAUGGGUAAUUGCCGAAGCUAUUCCGUUCUUCUCGGACUUGCUAUCGAUCGUUGCCGCUCUCUUCACCUCUGGCUUCUCCUUCUACUUGCCUCCCAUCAUGUGGCUGGUACUUCUCCGGAAAGGAUCCUUGUUCUCGGGCAAGAAUUUGCUGAUUGGUGUUGUUAACUUCCUGGUAUUUCUCUUUGGAUUGGCUGUGCUGGUCUGCGGCUUAUACUCCAGUAUUGAUGACAUAGUAAGUUCUGACUUGAAGACCGAUCGAAUAAAGUAA